GGCCACUGACCAGACAUGUACGGCAAGCAUUUUGACGUUUGACAUUGUUUCCAGAUUUCGGUGUCAGGAAGGUGCACUUGCUAGUAGGCUGGUAGGGUAAAGUACAUGAUACCUACAUAAUCACCUCUUGUUGAACCUUGGCAGCUGGUAACCAUUUCCUGUAAUUCUUCCCAUCCACCACACAUCAACUUUGAAAAGAAGAAAGAAACCACAACCAGACAUACAGAGCUCACCGAGAGGAUCGACAACCAAAGUUAAAAAAACAACCAAGAUGCCCUUCUCCUUCACAUCCUCCAUCUCCUUCUCCUCCUCAAUCAGCCACAACGGCAAGACGGAGGAGAAGCGCUGGGCCCGCAAGACAGAGCGGAGUCCCUCGGGCACCACCGUCCGGACUGCUUCCUACAAGACGGGUGAGCCAGUCUACCUCGAGCGCCGCGAGUACGAUUCUGCGGGACGCGCCCUGCCAGAGGGACGCGCUGUCAAGAGCGAUGGGACGGAAAAGAUUGAUCGUCGCAUCGAAGACGCUUCUGAGCGGGAGUGAUUGCGGGGGCGGCUAGAGAAUGGAAUCAUCAAACAUAUUGGGCAUGGAGUUUUGGGGUUGGUUUGGGAGGUCGUCAGUCAUUGAGCGAUUACAACAUUCUUCGUUCUUAGGAAGAAGUGUCUUCCGCUUGCACUUGGUAUGGUGACGGCAGGUGUGGUGUAUUGCCUUGAACAUCAUCAACCAUCCUUGGUGGACCAUCGUACUAUAAUAGCAAUGAAAAGAAGUUUUCACCA